ACUUCUUCAUCCUGCUUUAGCUACCACUGAGCAGACCCAGACCCCAUCGGGUUCUUCCUCUUCUCCAAGCAGCGGCAAGGAACCAGAUUGAAAGGUCUAAGCCAACAUUCGAGAUAGACCCUUUUCAAGCCAUUAUCACGCUUAGCUUGGAUCAAGGACAAUGGCUGCUGUUGGCUCCUCCAUGACAGACGCUUUCGCCAAAUACGCUGAGUAUCUCAAUAAACUGAAUGAUAAGCGGGAAAGAGUGGUAAAAGCAAGUCGUGACAUCACAAUGAAUAGUAAGAAGGUGAUAUUUCAGGUGCACAGAAUCAGUAAAGAAAAUAAAGAGGAAGUUUUGAAGAAAGCUGAAAAGGAUCUUGAGGUUGUGACAAAUCAGCAUGUUGCUCGACUCGUAAAAGAACUCCAAGGAACUGAUUUUUGGAAGCUAAGAAGAGCUUACUCUCCAGGGGUACAAGAGUAUGUUGAAGCAGCAACAUUUUGUAAAUUCUGUAGAUUUGGGACUCUUUUGAAACUUGAAGAGAUCAAUGCUACACUUUUGGCAUUAACUACUGAUCCAUCACUGAAGCCUUUGGAAAUAAAUGUUCUUGAUUAUGUCUUGGGGAUAGGAGACCUGACAGGAGAGCUUAUGAGGCUGGCUAUAGGACGGAUUUCGGAUGGAGAACUUGAAUUUGCAGAGGAGAUAUGCUCUUUCACACGUGAAAUCCAUCGAGAGCUAACCUUGGUUGCUCCAAGAAUGGAUGACAAUUUUGACAUGAAACAAAAGAUGGAUACUAUGUUGCAAAGUGUAAUGAAAAUUGAGAAUGCUUGCUUUAGUGUUCGGGUUAGAGGAUCAGAAUACAUUCCUCAUCUUGGAUCCGGUGAUUCCAGUUACUUUUCCUUGUUAGGCGCACCCGAUAAUGAAUGAUCUUAACCAAACCUAAUCUUUGCUCCAAUUGAGACUACAUUUUACUCAGUAUUCUGGAGGAAAGUUUCACCUUUUACAUGUUGGGAAAAAUAUUACUCUUUAGGAUUCUUUUUUUGAUUCUAUGGCUUAACAAACUGCUAUCCAUGCUUAUUAAACUUACUUGAAAUUUUCACAUAUCAAUAUCCCAUUCCCCCAUUGGCAGUUAAUAUAGAGUAGCCAAUUCUGAUA